CUCCGACUGGCAGGCCCUUUCCCUAGGAAAGCCGGCUGGAAAGGAUAUUUCUAUCCAAUCGAUGCCGCAGUAAAAGGAAUCCUAUUGUUGUUAGCCUAUGAAAUAGUGGGGAGGGCGAGAACGGGGCGGUACUUAGUUCAAACAAGCGCUGUCAUUAGCGGGUUCACUAUCAACCGGUUCUAGACCAGGAAGGGUUUGUUGGUAACCAGUGGCGGCAAGAUGGCGUCUCUGGAUCGAGUGAAGGUUCUGGUUUUGGGGGAUUCAGGUGUUGGGAAAUCUUCACUUGUUCAUCUUUUGUGUCAGAAUCAGGUGUUGGGAAAUCCGUCUUGGACCGUGGGCUGCUCAGUGGAUGUCCGAGUUCAUGACUAUAAGGAAGGAACACCAGAAGAAAAGACCUUCUAUAUUGAAUUAUGGGAUGUUGGAGGGUCAGUGGGUGGUGCCAGCAGCGUGAAAAGCACACGAGCAGUGUUCUUCAACUCUGUAAAUGGCAUUAUUCUAGUCCAUGACUUAACAAAUAAGAAGUCAUCUCAGAAUUUGUAUCGUUGGUCUUUAGAAGCUGUCAAUAAGGAUUUGGUUCCAAGUGGAGUCUUAGUUACCAAUGGGGAUUACGACCGAGAACAAUUUGCAGAAAACCAAAUCCCCCUGUUGGUAAUAGGAACAAAACUGGACCAGAUCCAUGAAACUAAGCGCAAUGAAGUUCUAACUAGAAUUGCUUUCUUGGCUGAAGAUUUCAAUGCAGAAGAGAUUAAUUUGGACUGCACGAAUCCACGAUACCUUGCUGCAGGAUCUUCCAAUGCUGUCAAGCUGAGUAGAUUUUUUGAUAAGGUUAUUGAGAAGAGAUACUUUAUUCGAGAUGGUAGCCAGAUUGUUGGCUUUCCCGACCGAAAAAGAUUUGGUGCAGGAAUUGUAAAGAACCUUCAUUAUGACUGAAAUAUACUCACCCUUUUAAAGAACAAACAGGAAGAAAACAGAUUUUCUCCUCCUCAUGGGCUCUGGGGACAAAUAUAUAUUGGCUAUUUAGAAUAUC